AUGACACCUGAUAUAUUCGAGUAUUUGUUAUCAAAGGUGGGACCUAUAAUAACAAAAAUGAAAACAAAUUUCAGAGAUCCUAUCCCAGCAGCUGCAAGAUUAGCAAUGACUAUUCGUUAUUUAGCAAGUGGAGAUGGACUUCAGAGCAUUGCACUAAGUUACCGAACUGGAAGAAGCACAACAUCACGUAUUAUAAAAGAAACCUGUGAGGCUAUAUGGAAUGUUCUACACGUAGAAGAAUUAUUUACACCAACACAGGACGGAUGGCGAGAAAUUGCUCACGAGUUUGAAGAAAAAUGGAACUUUCCUCACUGCGUUGGAGCUUUGGACGGAAAGCAUGUUGCUGUAAUUUGUCCUGAGAAAGCAGGAAGUUCAUUUUAUAAUUAUAAAGGAUUUCAUAGCAUAGUUUUAAUGGCACUCGUAAGUGCCACAUAUAAAUUUUUAAUAGUAGAUAUUGGUGCUCAAGGCAGACACAGCGACGGAGGAAUAUUUAAAAAUUCUGCAAUGGGGCAAAGAUUUUACAGUAAUAAUAUGGACUUACCUGAUUCCUCCAAUAUUACUACCAGACAUACAACUCCAUAUGUUAUAGUAGCUGAUGAAGCCUUUCAACUGAAUUCAUUCACAAUGCGACCAUAUCCUUCAAAGAAUUUAACAAAACAACAAAGAAUUUUUAAUUAUAGAUUAAGCAGAGCUCGACGAGUUGUGGAGAACGCAUUUGGUAUACUAACAAGUCGAUGGCGUAUUUAUCAUAAACCAUUGAAUACGAGUCUUGAAACGGCUGAUGCAAUUGUUAAAGCAACG